CAAAAAGGGACUUCUCUGUACCGAAUGCAGUUAGUCGUUUGUUGCGAUUAUGCAUUUUGACAACCUUAUUAAAACCUACAAUUUUACAGUUUGUAUUUGUAAUGUGCUUUUGUUAAACAAAGGCUGUUGAAAGUUGUUUCUAUAGUUUUUUAUUUAUUUAUUGUUUUGGUUAUCUCUGUGGUUGAUGUUCUCUGGUAAUAUUCAGAUAGGAGGGAGGGUGUGUGAGAGAGAGAGAGAGAGAGAGAGAGCUGUGAGUCACAGUGGAUGGUUUUCACGUUUUAAGUUUUGACAGUCGCGAGUGAGCGCCACUGUUCGUCCGUGCCUCGAAGAGGUCACUUAGUGCCUCUGUGCGUAUGCGUGGAGGAGAGAGACUACGAGGUGCCUGAUGGGACGGGCAAAGGUGUAAUUCCCGCCUGUGGAUCAAGAGGGACCAAGAAGAACAUCGGAGGAGAGGACCUGACACCAUGAAUCGCAAGAGCAGUAGGAAGUCCCGUCCGGAGGGCGUGUGUGUGAUAAAGAGCAGAAGACCAGUGCAGAGGAGAAUGACAUGCCCCAGUCCUCAGGAGAUCAGCCGAGCUCUACAGAGCCCACCCGCUCACCCUUCAUUCCGCGCCGCCAGCCUGGAUGAGCUCAUCCUUCGCUGCUUAAACUACUUCGAUGCAGAUGGAAAGAUAAACAGAGGGACACAGCUUGUACAUAUGACCCUCAUGAUGCAUAACUGGGUGGUGCCAUCACACAUCUUCGCACAUAAGCUGCUUUCUCUAUAUAAGGACUGUCCUGCAGAAAAGAGGGGGCAGAGACGCACACAAAUCUGCCAUUUCAUCAGAGAGUGGAUUAAUCAGUUUCGGCUUAUGUUUGAGAUGGAUCCUCUGUUAGAAGAAGCAAUGGGAGAUCUCUGGGCUCUGGUCAGGGUUGAGGGAAACGAUUCGCACUAUCAGCUCUUCAAUACACCAUACAUUAAUCCUCCAGUGAAUGUAUCUCAGAGUGCCUCUCCCUCAGUAAAGAAAAGGAAAGUUUCAUUGCUGUUCGACCACAUGGAACCAGAUGAAAUGGCUGAACACCUCAGUUAUCUGGAGUUCAAAAACUUCUGCAAUGUCUCAUUCCUGGACUACCGUAGUUACGUGGUACACGGCUCCGUGAGGCAUAACCCGGCCCUUGAGCGCUCAGUCAUGCUCUGUAACGGAGUGUCGCAGUGGGUUCAGCUCAUGAUCCUCAACAGACACACCCCACAGCAGCGAGCAGAAGUCUUCACCAAGUUCAUUCAUGUAGCACAGAAGCUGAGAGCCCUGCAGAAUUUCAAUACUCUGAUGGCGGUUAUAGGAGGUCUGUGUCAUAGUUCCAUUUCUCGUCUUAAAGAUACAGCCAGCCUGCUUUCCUCUGACGUCACAAAGACCCUCAGCGAGCUUACAGAGCUGCUGUCAUCCUACAGCAACUAUUCCAACUACAGGCGCGUGUACAGCGAAUGCACCGAAUUUAAAGUGCCUAUCUUGGGCGUUCAUCUCAAAGAUCUGAUCUCUCUCAAUGAGGCGCUUCCAGACUACCUGGAGGAUGAUAAGAUCAACCUGGGCAAACUGCAGCAUUUAUAUAGCAACAUUAGCGACCUGCUGACCAUCCAUGACUGCACCCCACCAUUUGAAGCCAACAAAGACUUGCUGCACCUGUUAACGCUCUCGCUAGACCUGUGUUACACUGAAGAUGAGAUAUACGAGCUCUCCUACGCCAAGGAACCCAAGAACCCCAAAAUUCAGCCCGUAGCUCCAGUGAAGCCGCCCGUAGUAGCAGAAUGGGGAUCGGGAGUGACUCCGCGCCUGGACCCCGCCACCAUCUCCAAGCACGUCAAGCAGAUGGUGGAUUCCAUCAUGAAAAAUUACGACUUGAACAUGGACGGCUACAUUUCUUUGGAGGACUUUGAGAAGAUCGCCGCAAACUUCCCCUUCUCCUUUUGCACGCAUGAGAGCGACAGAGGAGAAAUCAGCAGAGAGGAAAUAACUACUUAUUUCAUGCGAGGGAUGUCGGUGUGUGCGAAGCUUGGCUAUAACCUCCACAACCUGCACAACUUCCAUGAGACCACGUACAAGAGGCCCACAUUCUGUGACACCUGUGGAGGAUUUUUAUGGGGAGUCAUAAAGCAAGGCUACCACUGCAAGGACUGUGGAGUGAACUGUCAUAAGCACUGUAAGGAUAAUGUAGGAAUGGAGUGUUUGAAGAGGUUACAGGUGACCAGUAGCUCAUGUCCCGGCACCCCUGGCCCUGGAACAGGCGUCCACACUAAAGGCAACAGCUGGAGCUCCGAGGAGGAAGCAUUCGUCUUUCCUAAUGGAAACGCAUCUGAGCACUCUAAGGGCCAAACUUCAUCAGACAGCGACGCAGAGGCGGGUACAUUAUCGGACAUGUCCACUCAGACAGACCCAGGUGUCUGGACACCGGUGGCGAAGCGGAAGGAAUGUCUGCAUUCUCAGAAACAUCCACCUCUUGAAAAGAGCGCCACGCUACCAGCAAGGGUACGAGGUUCCUCUGCCCCUAGUUCUCUCCUACAGGAGAAAAUGGAUGAACUGAAGCUGAACAAAGAUAAACGAAAAGAACCAGACUGAACUUGUUUGCGCAUGUGGGCAUGUGUUUGUGUGUCUCACCGAAAAACAGACCGCUGGAUUUCAAUGUCAAUGCCUAUAACCGUAAAGGAACUGUUAUACACUGGACAAAACAGGCUGACGAGCACACGCUCAUGUUUCUUGUUCUAUCGUCUUCUACAUUGUUUUUGACAUUCAUUAAAUGUGAUGAAAAUCUACUCAAGGACUAAUGCAUGGGAUUUUAUUUAAAGAAUUAAGGCUUGUAUGACUUUAUGGAACGAACUCUAUACACCAGCAUCAACUGCCAGUGAGGACCACAUCAACGGCCCUCACAUCUAAACAGGUACCCAAAGGUGGACUGCUUCUGUAUAUCAUCAAAUACCAUCGAUCUCACUACCACUCAUCGGUGUAAGACUAAUGGACUUUAUUUGAGUACAAAACUGUGUUGUGGACCACAGCCUUAAUAGUCAAACUGGAGGAAAAUAUAAAGUGUGACUGUGUUGUUCAUUUGAACAGCAUGAAUGUAUUGCCACUGUGAUUUUAGUGCUGAUGUAAUACCCAGAAUGCAUCACUGUGCCUUAUGCAAUGAACAUUUCACUAAGACAGUGGGUCUUAUUUAACUGGUUAUAACCAACAAUAGUCCUGUCGCAAUUCAACAUGAUCACAAUCUAUUUCAUUAGAGCUCAUUUCUAUGAGCUGAAUAAGUUACAUCUAUACCACAUUGGCUCAAUUCGCCUGCUUGCACACAUCUACUGUAUUACACCAUCAGCACUAAUGAAAGGAGAGGAGAACUGAGGUGAACCAUGAGCAUUGUGGACCUAUUUUCAAUAGUCUUUUUUCUAAUUUCAUGUCUGUUAUAUCUUUUGUCAUCCCCAACUUGAAUGUGUUUUACUAAAUCUUGAAUGUAGGCUAUAGAUUUUUUAUUUAUUGAGGAAUCUGAAGUAUUUUCCAUAAUAAAGCACUGCCUGACGUGAUUAAAAAAAGAAAUGAGGAAAAAUCA